UCCCGUCCUCUGCUAUGUAAUGUUCGUGCUUCAGCUUGUUUGUCUGAGCGCCAGUGAUACGGAGCAUGAAGAACGCGUCGUCUCUCAAGGUGUAAGAUCAGAGAGAAAUCAUGGAAUUGAUGAAGCUAACAGGAUUAUUGGUGGAAACACUGCAAAUAUAGAAGAUUUUCCCUAUCAGCUUUCUCUUGAAAUUUCUGGUGCUCAAAUCUGUGGUGCUGCUAUACUGAGUGACAUAUGGGUCAUUACUGCAGCUCACUGUGUUGCAAGGUGCAGAGUUCUUCAAUGUAAAGAAGGAGCUUCACAGGAACGCAAUGCAGCCAUGUCCUUUUUGGGUCUUAUAAUGAACAACCCAAUUUUUGGACUUAUAAAAAGUAGAUCAGGACCUGAUCUUAUACUGAGAGCUGGAACUUCAUUGAGGGGUGAUGGUGGUUCCACACAUCAUCCACAGAUGGUUAUCACUCAUCGAGAUUACUCUCCUGUUACACAAGACAAUGAUAUUGCUCUCAUAAAGGUGGAUCCCCCAUUUAACCUGAGCACAACAGUCCAACCAGCACAUCUUCCAGUCAGUGGAAGAGAACCACCCCAAGGAUCCAGUGCAACUGUUACUGGCUGGGGAGUGACUAGAGAGGGUUCCCGGAGUGGCUCCAAAUUUCUGCAGCAAGCAAAACUGUAUAUACUUCCUAGAAAUGAGUGUUCAAAAACAUAUCCACAGUUCACAAAGACGAUGUUAUGUGCAGGAGAUCGCACUGGAGGACAUGACUCCUGUCAGGGAGAUUCUGGUGGGCCACUGACAGUAAACGGCACCUUGGUUGGACUGGUUUCUUUUGGGCGAGGAUGUGGCAGACCAGGGAUCCCUGGUGUUUAUUCAAAUGUUGCAUCCCUGCGAAACUGGAUUGGCAAAAAUACAGGACUUUAAAACAUUAUAAUGCCAUGUUUUUCAGUAAUAUAAUAAUAUUUACACAAUAUAUCAGCUUCUUAUGGUGGUUACUGUAA